UGCAUCUCCGUUUGACUAUAGAGCAUAUGAUAACUUCUUAACGUACAUUUCUGGAGGUGGUUGACGAUACACAGAUCGGAUCAUUGAAUAAUACAUUCUGAGGUUUAUGGAGACAACAAUAAGAGGUCCAAUCAUUAGAAUGAUUUCAAUGGUUCUUAGUCUCGAGAUAAGUUUUUUCGUAGUAGCAAUAAUCAUCAACACUUUGAGUUUAACAUAUCUGUUAUAACAAGCAGAGCGUAAUUAUUACGAGUUAUGAUAUUUUUAAUAUAAUAUUUAAAUAUAUAAAUCUAUUUCAAAAUUGUAAAAAUUCCAUAUAUGAAUCUUGUCAAAACUCAAAAUUUUAAUCAUGUCAUAUAGAGGGAGAGUUAUUUUAAGUAUAAAAUCAAACGUAACAUAUGAUUUGGGUUUUUUCUCUUCCUCCAUCUACAUUAUCUGAAUCUUGUUUGGGGGCACCGUUAGGGUUAUACAUUAAAGUUUUCAUUUCAUUUCAUUUUCUCAUGUUACACCAUGUCUGAUCAUUGCCCAAUUUCUCAAACAGAUGAACAGAUUGCUAAAAAGUUAAAACUUUCUCGUACAAAUUCCGACGAUCCAACAUCGGAAUUGCCGAAUCAUGUUCUUCAUUCGAUCUUUUCCUACCUUAAAUCCGAUGAUCUGUUUAAUAUCCGCCUCGUUUCCAAAAAUUGGCAUCGCAACACACCUUCGUACUUCUGUCUCGAUUUCGACGAAUCCGCUACACCCGAUGUUAUUAUACAAGAAAAUUCUCAUGACAAUUUUUUGGAUUCCAUCCGUUCUUCUCUAGAAACUUCGGAGAGUGAGUUAAGAAGCGCUGAUAAAAGGGUGUUGCGUGUUCAAUUUAAGUAUCAUGAGAAUAUCUAUGAGGUAUUGAGGUUGAUGGACGGGAAUGAUUUUCAUGAGGUUUAUUUGAGAUUUGGGGUUUUUAAUUAUUCGAUUCCGUUUAUUUUCGAGUCGAAAUGUUUAACUGUUCUUCAUUUAUAUCGAUGUGGAAUUGAUGAAAAUUUGUUUAAUUAUGAAGGAAGAUUUGAUUCUUUGAAGGAAAUAGCAUUGGAUCGGGUGAAUUUAGCGGGAGAAACUUUAUCCAAGUUUAUUAGCAAGUGUGGUAAUGUUAGGGAAUUGAAAAUGGUGAAUUGCAAGUUGUUAAGGUCUAUAGUGUUACGUAAAGUAGAUUGCUUGAAGAAGUUUUAUGUGCAGUUAUUGGGUUCGUAUCCUUCUAUUACGGAUGUGUUAGUUGUUGCCCCGAGUUUAGAAGUGUUUCAUUUUGUUCAUUAUAAUAGUAGAAAAGUUGCGGUUAAUAUGGAUAUUCGUGCUUGUAGAAUGUUGCGGGAAUUUCAUUUGGAAUGCCCCUUACUUCCUGUUGGUCUUGAUCAUGAGCAUUUCUGUUCAGAUUUUCCUCAUCUUGAGACUCUGGUCCUUGGCCCUUGUGUGACAUUGAAACGUGUUAAAAUUUCGAGUCCAUCGCUCAAAAAGUUAACAUUAAUGUACACACAGCUGUAUAAUUAUAAUUAUUCAAGAAAAAGUGUAGUUUCGGCUCCCAAUUUGUGUUCUUUCCAAUAUGUCGGUAGAACAUUUAAAUCAUCUUUAGCUCCAAGUGAAACGCCCAAGUUUUUAAAGGUCACCGGCAUUUCUUUGAUUCCUCAAGUUGAGAAGAUCAAUAGAGCUUGGUUCCUCCAAUUGAGAAGCCAUCUUAAAAAAAUUAGCAACCGAAUUGGAUUGGCCUUAAUCAUUCGUGAUCAGACAAGCUUUCCUGAACUGGGCAAACGAGGACACAAAUCGUGGAGCAUACCAAUUGGACGAACCCCAACGCAAUUGCUACCUCGUAUCGAACACUUAAAGCUAGACAUAAGGCUCAAAGUUCCACUGGAAUCCCAUGGAUGCUUGCUGAAAUAUAUAAUUGAUAACUUACUUUGGAUGUCUCAACCAAAUGCAUUGACUCUAUCAAUGCCAGCUAAUUUUACUGCAUUUGCACUUGGAAUCUGCAACGAGUUUUUCAUAAGCAGAAGGGAAGGCAACUGCUGCGCAGAUUAUCAGAACAAGUGCUGGCGCCAUUUCUUAAAGGAUUACAUUGUUAGGGAAGUAGUUACCGAUGAAAAGGAAGAGCCAAAGAAGUUUAAUUUCGUAUUUACUUGGCAAUUAUGUAGUUAGGCCACUCUCUGUUCUAUUAGCCAAGACAAUAUCGUAAAAUCUGGAACUAUAAAUAUUUAUAUGAGUUUUUCGAUUAUCACUUAUUUUGCCCUAUUCUUCUCAAAGCUCUUAGUAAACUUCUAUUGCAUUCCUGGAAGAAAGCAUACAACCCCUUGAAUGGUUCAAGUACAAAUAUAUGUUACAUCUCUCUUAAAAGGACAAAAACAAUUACAUCGACAGUCACACACAUUCAUUUUCCUAUAGUACCAAAAUCUUUUUCUCUUUAGUUUUCCGAUGAGUGAUGCGGAUUCUGUCUUUAGUAAUAUUUAAGUCAAAGAGAAUUGAUGGUAAUAGUUGUAGAAAAUACAUCAAUUUUCCAUAUGAUUUAUGUCUAUUAUGUAUAUUUUCUCAAUAGUUGUGGAACUAACGCCAAAUCGAUUGAACAAAUAUGGCUCUUAUAGUUACUAUAAUUGGAUUUUGUUUAACGAAGUAGAAUGAGGCAGUUUGGAGCUAGCCCGAUUCAGGUCUUUACCGCAAUGGUAACAAGUUGUUUCUGCAAAAUUUGCCUCAAAAAGGUAUAUUUCUCUUCAAAUGCUACUGUUUACAUUAUUUUUGAUUUUCUCUGACUGUUUUCCUUUGAAAAUUAGAAUCCCUAGUGGGUGUUAUAUUGUCUUUGUGACCAAUGAUGAAUCUUGGAACUUAGUUUUCAUGGGAAAGCUGUGGGGUGGGAGAGUUGGAAGUCAAGCUAUUCCAGCCAACUAAGCUGCCAAGGUAAUUAAUUUCCUGUUUAAGUAGGUAUUUUCUGGCAUUAAUCGUGUUUUAUUUUUCAAAUGAAAGAGAUCAGGCAAAGAUUGAUAAAUAAAUAAUACUCUUUUGUAUUUUCCUCUUGUACUCUUAGUUAUGACUACUUUGUAGUUUGGCUGAUAUACUUUAUUGUAAGACAUUUGCGUUUGAGUUAAAGGCAAAUUAUUUCAUAUAUUUUGCCUUAUCUUAGUUCAUACAAGUUGAGUUUGCGUGGUUGAUAAAAAGCCAACAACUUCUUCGGAGUCGAUCCCAGGGAAUCACUCUUACAUUAGGAAGUUUACUAUGUCCCCAACUUCUCUUUAUUAAGAAAGUGAAAAACGUCUUUGUGCGAAGAUACAACCUAUCAGAAAAAUUUGAAGGAUAGACACAACACAGAAGCUCUUUGUGCGCGUGGGAUUAAGAAAAAUGUGCUUGUACUCAAUGUACAUAAAAUAUAUACUUCAUGCCCUAGGCAUGGAAUAGUUUGUGAACUUUUUAAGUGCAAUGGUGGUAUUAUCGGAUUUCAAGGAUGUAAUACAGAAAAUAAUGUUGAUUAAGUUCAUUCAGUACUGCAUUUCAAAGUUCAGGCAGUGUGUUUUCUAGGUCAUAGAUUAGUUUGUUGCCCUAUUUUGAUCACCUUGAGGUCUCAGGUUCAAUUCCCAACAGAGACAAACAUCAAGUGAUUUCUUUCUAUUUGUUCUAGCCUUGGUGGAGAGAGUUACUUGGUACCUGUACUGGUGGGAGGUGGCAGGUAUCUCAUGAAAUUAGUCAAGGUGCGGGCAAGCUCGUCUGGACACCAUGUUUAUCCAAAAAGAAAAAGUUUGCUGCCUUGUAGUUCAAGGGUAAAAUAUAUUUUUUCGUCCAAUUCAGAGGCAAAGUAGUGUGAUUACUUUUCUGUUUCUCCUAAUUUCUCUCUUUGUAAAGCUCGUCUGCAUUACACCAUCCCUCUUGCCAGCCAUUACAUAAAAACACAUUCACCUUCUAAUUUUUUAAUUAUGCUUUCCAAGUACGAUGAUCAUUGGUUGUUAUUAGCUUUAUUAUGGUCCAGUUAUGCUAUAACAGAAAUGCUGGCUCUUAAUUCAAAAUCUAGGAUAUAUUAUUGUACAAUAGUGAAGGUACCUCUAGAAGAAAAUCAGCAACUCCUCUAUGAGAUGAUGGAUUGCAACAUAUUGGAAAGAACAUAAAUUGGGAACUGAAGCUACACUUUUUCUUGAAUACUUGUAAUUAUACAGCCGUGUGAACACUAAGGUUAAUUUUCUGAGUGAUGGACUUGAAAUUUUGACACGCUUCCAUGUCACACAAGGGCCAAGGAAUAGAGUCUAAAGACGACGAAAGUCAUUUCUGUUCAUGAUCAAGACCAACAUGUAGCAUGGAACAUUCCAAGUGAAAUUCCCACUGUAUUCCCACAAGCACGGUAUACAUUCUGCAACAUUGUUGCUAUUAUAGUAAACAAAAUGGAAUACUUUCAAAUUCGGGGCAAUAACUCGUACAUCUGUAACUGAAGGAUAAGAACUCAAUCACUGCAAAUAAAGCUUCUCCAAAUGAUCUAAUUUAGGUAAAAUUAUAGACUUUAGCAACUUGAAAUUCACCAAUCUCAAUUCUCUUAUAUUAGGGAACUUGCUAAUAAACUUUGAUGGAGUUCCUACGGUUAAAUUAACCAAAUCCAAUACCACUUCUUGCAAAGAAACAAAUUUUGCUUCACCAUGGAACAAAUAUUCAACAAUUUCACACUGAUUUAGAUGAAGAAAUGUGAGGCAACUUGACUAAAAAGAAUAAACGGAAUUGAGUUAUGAAAAUACCCAAUUCUCAAAUAUACCUCAUGGAAAUCAUUUUCGUUCAUCAAUCUCAAUAGAUCAUAGAUAUUCUCAGUAUACUACACAAUACCCUUGUCUCAACCUUGAUUAACUUACUUUGCGAAGCCUCGACAGAAGAACGGAUCCAGUCCAAGAACUUGUUAUGUGAUUCUUGUAUAACGACACCAGGUGUGGUUAGAGUCUUAAUAAAGAAGAUGGAUCUAUCAAUGUCGAGAGUGAAGUAUGAAGAUGUAUUGCCAUGCAUUUUCUUGGAAACAAGGCGGGCAUGAAAUAGGUCUUCAGAUCUAAGGCAGGAAAAUAUUAAAUGGAGAACAUGAUUCGACAAUUGGGAUGUUUGGAUCCACUGAGUUGGUAUGAGAAAUUCUUGUUUUUUAAUAAUUUAUUUAAACGUUUGAGAAAUGGGGUAGAGCUCAGCCAUGGUGUGGCUUGGGAAACAAAAGUGAAAACCUUAAUUAUAACGUCUAACCCUGACCCAAACAAAAUUUAGAGAAUCUAGAUGAGAGAAAAAACACAAUCACACACACAUUUUUUUUUAGUGUUCAAAAAAUAAAAUAAAACAACACAUAUACCUUUGCAGUGUGUAUUAAUAAUUAUGUACUCUUAGUUAUGACUGCUUGUAGUUCCGCAAAUGGAUAUACUUUGGUAGUAAAACAUUUGUGUUUGAGUUAAAGAAAAUUAUUUCAUAUAUUUUGCCUUAUGUAAGUUUGUGCAAGUCGAAUUUGCGUGAAUAUAAAGUCUUUGUGCGAACGUGUAGUCGAUCAGAAAAAUUAGAAAGAUGUGCUUGUACCCAAUGUCCAUACAAUAUAUGCUGCAUGCUCUAGGCAUAAAAUAGUUUGUGAACUUUUUAAGUUCAAUAGUGUUACUAUUGAAUUUCAAGGAUAUAAUUCAGUAAAUAAUAUUGUUUAAGUUCAUUCAGUACUUGAAUUUCAAAGUUCAGGUUGUGUUUUCUAGAAGGUCAUAGAUUAGUUUGUUGCCCUAUAGUUUGAGGGUAAAAUAUAUUUCUAGUCCAAUUCAGAGACACAGUAAUGUGAUUCCUUUCUGUUUGUCCCAUUUUCUCUCCUUGUAAAAAUCUUCUGCAUUACUACUUCAGACUCGCCAUUACAUAAAAAUACAUUCGCCUUUAAUAUUUAAAUGUAUGACUCGAGAACUAUGCUUUACAAAACGGUGAUCGUCGGUUUUUGUUAGAUUUCUUAAGUUCUAGUUAUGCUACGACAGAAAUGCUCUCUCAAUUCCAAAUCUAGGAUAUAUUAAUGUACCAUAGUGAAGGGUACCUCUUGAGGAAAAUCAAGAACUCCCCUACAAGAUGGUAAACCCCAUUCCGCUUGCUUAUAGUGUUGAUCUUUUUUGAUAGUUGUGAGUUGUCGAUCCGCCUUUGAAGUUUUUAGUUGUUACAGUACUGAGGAAGCAAAAAUGGAUUAUGCUUCCAUAGAUUCAACAACGAAGCCUCUGUUUAAAGUUUAGUAAAGAAGAUUUGGUGACAGUGCUAAACAAGAAAACACAAAGAUCAAAGGGUCUGUACGCAAAUCUUUCCCCUACACAAUAAAGAGAUUUGUUUUCGAUAGACCCUCAGCUCAAUUAAAAACAAUAUAAAGCAUUUUGAAAAAAAGGAAACAAUGGGAGUGAAGAAGUAAAUGCUAAACAGAUGGAAUAACAAGAAACUACCACAAUAAUACUAUUACUACUAGUACUAGUAUGAAAAACUAAGAGAGACAACCCUCAACUACCUAACAAACCCUCUACCUAAUCCUUAUCCUCCGUCAUAAUCUUCUAAGGCCAAGUCCUUGAUAAGUUGGAGCUACAUCAUGUCCUGCGUAUUCACCUCUCCCCAAAACUUAUUCAACCUACCUCUGCCUUCUAUUCACCUCUCCCCAAAACUUAUUCAACCUACCUCUGCCUCUCCUGCCAUAAUAGACAAUCCGUCACACCUCCACUCUGGUCCAUCCAUGCAUCUCCUCUUCACAUGUUCGAAGCAUCUAAGUCUCGUUUCCCGUAUCUUAUCCUCCCACGAGGCUGUUCCUACCUUGUCUAGGAUAUUCACAUUUCUAAUCUCAUCUCUCCUAGCGUACUCGCACAUCCACCUUAGCAUCCUCAUUUUUGCAACUUUAACUUUUGAACAUGGGAGUUCGUGAUUGACAAAUAUUCUGCUCCAUACAACAUUGUUAAUCUAACCAUCACUUUGUAGAACUUGCUUUUAAGCUUUGAUGACACCUUCUUUAUUACAUGAGAUUUAAAAUUAGGUUUAAUGGUGAAAAUGUUGAAAUGGGGGAAGAAGAAAGUGGAAAAAGUGAAAGGAAAAAUAUUUUAAUAUUAUAAAUGUCAAAUGCGUGUACUUCACCACCCUUCAGGAGUAUUUUUUUUCCCCUUUUCUAGUAAGCAAAUAUAAGAAAAUUUAACAAAAUCAAGAUGAAAACAAAGAGAAAACUCUCACCAUAAAAAGGAGGCGACAUUAUCUUCUUUUUGAAAAUUGUUUUCGAAAAGAUAUAUGUAAAGGGCAAUAGAGAAGUUAUAUGUUUGGAGGUGAAAAAUUAUUGUGAUACAUCGGUAAUAGAAGGAUAAGAACCCAACAAUUGCAUAUAAAGCUUCUCCAAACGAUCUAAUUUAGGUAAAACUAUAGACCUUAGCAACUUGCAAUUCACCAAUCUUAGUUCUCUUAUAUUAGAUCAUUUGCUAAUAAAUUUUGAUAGAGUUCUUCCUGUUAAAUUAACCCAAUACAAUUCUACUUUUUGCAAAGAAGAAAAUUUUGCUUCACUAUGAAACAAAUAUUCAUCAAUUCCGCUCCAAUUUACAUGAAUUCUGAGGCAACUUGACUGAAAAAUAACGGGAAUCGAGUAAUGAAAAUACCUAAUUUUCAAAUAUACCUCAUGGAAAUAAUUUUCGUUCAUCAAUCUCAAUAAAUAGUAGAUAUUCUUGUGGUACUCAAAUUGGACAUGCAAUACCUUUUUCUCAGCCUUGUUUAAUUUACUUUGUGAAGUCUGAGUGAAGAACGAACCCAAUCCAAGAACUUGUUAUCUGAUUCUUAUAUAAUCCUAGCAGGAGUAGUUGGAGCCUUUUCAAAGAAGAUGGAAUCAUCAGGACGAGCGAAGUGUGAAGAUGUGUUGCAUUGCCAAUUCUUGGAAACAAUGACAUAUCAAAUGGAAAACAUGAUUCCGCAAUUUGGAUGUUGGAUCCACCGAAUUAGAAAUUCUUGUUUUUUUUUUUAAACCAUUUCUUUAACAAUUUGAGAAAUUGGCAAAGCUCUGGGAAACAAAUGAAAACCUUAACUAGAUUGUUUCUCAAACGGUUGAUGAAAUUGUUAAAACACCAAGAAUUUCUCGCACUAAUUCGGUGAUCCAACAUCUCGAUUGUCGGAUCAUGUUCUCCGUUCGAUAUUUUCCUACAUUAGAUCUGAAGACCUAUUUCAUGACUGCCUUGUUUCCACUGAUUGGCAUCCCAACACACGUUUAAACUUUGCUCCCGACUUCAAUGAAUCCAUCUUCUUUGAAAAAACUCCAACUACACCUGUUGCCAUUGUACAAGAAUCACAUAACAAGUUCUCGGACCGGAUUCUCUAUUCUCUCGAGGCGACGCGAAGUGAGUUAAACAGGGCUGAGAAAAGGGCAUUGUGUGUUCAAUUGGAGUAUUAUGAGAAUGUCAACAAUCUAUUGAGAUUGAUGAACAAAAAUGAUUUCCAUGAGGUAUAUUUGAGAAUUGGGUAUUUUGAUCAUUCGAUUUCAUUUAUUUUCCAGUCAAAUUGUUUCAUAGUUCUUCAUCUACAUCAGUGAGGAAUUGAUGAAUAUUUGUUCCAUGGUGAAGCAAAAUUUGCACACCCAAAAUUGGUGUGUAUAGAUGUCAUUUGAGUCUUAAGUUAAAAGACACAUUUAUGUAUUAUGCCAAAGUUUAAUUGAGCCAUAUAAAUUGAGACUGUACGAGUACUAUUUUGAGUAUAAAAUGAAAGUACUAAAUUGAGACGUAUAAUUUGGGUCUUUUCAUUCAUCUAGAUUAUCUAAAUCUUGUUUGGGGAAAGGUUUAGGGUUAUAUAUUGAGGUUUUCAUUUCAUUUUCUUAUGUUAUACCAUGUCUGAUUACUGCCCAAUUUCUCAAACAGAUGAACAAAUUGCUAAAAAACUAAAAACUUCUCAUACUAAUUUGGAGGAUCCAACAUUGAAAUUGCCGAAUCAUGUUCUCCGUUCUAUAUUUUCCUACCUUAAAUCUGACGACCUCUUUAAUAUUCGCCUUGUUUCCAAAAUUUGGCAUCGUAACACACCUUCAUACUUCUCCCUCGAUUUUGAUGAAUUCGUUACACCCGAUGUUGGUUUACAAGAAUCUCAUACCAAGUUCUUGGAUUCGAUCCGUUCUUCUCUUGAAACUUCGGAAGGUAAGUUAAAAAUGGCUGAUAAAAGAGUUGUACGUGUUCAAUUUAAGUAUGACGAGAAUCUCUAUGAUGUAUUGAGGUUGAUUGAAGGAAAUGAUUUUUAUGAAGUUUAUUUGAGUUUUGGGUUUUUUGAUUAUUCAAUUCCGUUUAUUUUUCAGUCAAAAUGCUUGACUGUUCUUCAUUUACAUCAAUGUGGGAUUGAGGAAUCUUUGUUUAUUGGUGACGCAAGGUUUGAUUCUGUGAGUGAAAUACAAUUGGAUCGAGUUACUUUAACUGGACAAACUUUAUCGAAGUUUAUUAGUAAGUGUGCUGGUGUUAGAGAAUUGAGAUUGGUGAACUGUGAAUUGUUGAGGUCUAUAGUGCUAUGUAAAGUAGAUCGUUUGAAGAAGUUCUAUGUGCAGUUAUUGGGUUCUUAUCCUUGUAUAACAGAUGUGUUAGUUGUUGCCCCGAGUUUAGAAGUGUUCCAUUUUGUUCACUAUAAUAGUAGCAAAGUUGCAGUUAAAAUGGAUAUUCGUGCUUGUAGAAUGUUGCGGGAAUUUCACUUAAGAUGUUCCAUACUUCCUGUUGGCCUUGGUCAUGAAGAUUUCUGUUCUGAUUUUCCUCAUCUUGAGAAUCUACUCCUUGGCCUUUGUGUGACAGGGAAGCGUGUCAAAAUUUCGAGUCCAUCACUCAGAAAUUUAACCUUAAAGUUCACACAACUAUAUAAUUAUAAGUAUUCAAGGAAAAGUGUACUUUCAGUUCCCAAUUUAUGUUCUUACCAGUAUGUUGGUAGAUCAUUUAAAUCAUCUUUUGGUCCAAGUGAUGCUCCAAAGUUUUUAAAGAUUUCCAUUUCCUUGGCUCCUCGUACUAAGAAGAUCAAUAGAGCUUGGUUCCUUCAAUUGAGAAGACAGCUUACAAAAAUUAGCAGCCGUGUUGUAUUGGCCUUUAUCAUUCAUGAUCAGGCAAGUUUUUCUGAACUGGGCAAACGAGGACAUAAAUUGUGGAGCAUGCCAAUUGGACGAACUUCAACACAAGUGCUACCUCGUAUCCAACACUUAAAGCUAGACAUAAGGCUCACAGAUCCAGAGGAAUCCCUUGGAUGCUUGCUGAAAUAUAUAAUUAAUAACUUACUUUGGAUGUCUCGUCCAAAUGCAUUGACUCUAUCAAUGCCAGCUAGUUUUACUGCAUUUGCACUUGGAGUCUGCAAUGAGUUGUUCAUAAGCACUAGGGAAGGUAGUUGCUGUGCAAAUACUCAGAACAAGUGCUGGCGCCAUUUCCUGGAGGAUUUCAUGAUUAAGGAAGUAGUUAUCGAUGAAAAGGAAGAGGCAAAGAUGUUCCGUUUCGUAUUUACUUGGCAAUUAUUUAGUUAGGCCUGUAGGCCACUCUCUUUUCUGUUCGCAACUCAGUUUGUGCUUUCUUUUUUACUAGAUUGAGUUUUGGUCUGCUUAGCCAAGACAACAUCGUAAAAUCUGGAACCAGAACUAUUUUUAUGGUUUUUGAUCAUCUCUUAUUUUGCCCUUUUGUUUUCAUACCUCUUAAUAAACUUCUAUUGCAUUCCUGGAA